UUCCUAAUCAUUCAGUGUAGCGACACGAGAGAAAAGGGAAGACAGGGCAACGUUUCGACAAUUUUUUACAGAACACAGUUUUAACAGAGGGAUUCUUCUUUAGAACUUUCGGUUAAGAGGAACAGAAGAGCCCAUAGGUCCUGCUGGUGACCAUCUAAAGCUAUGUCCGUUGUGUGGAUCUUUGGAAGCUGGGCGAGCUGGAACAAGCUCCGGGGUAACGAUGAUGACGACUGGGUGGACCGAGUCAACCACAUCUACACCGUGGUGCUCCUGUGUAUCUUUGCAGUAUUUACCGGGGGCGGACAGUACGUAGGGAAUCCCAUCGAGUGCUGGUGUCCGGCGCAGUUUACGGGGUCGUAUGUAUCGUAUACAAAAUCCUACUGCUGGAUUAAAAACACGUACUAUGUCCCUCUGGAGGAAGCCAUUCCCCUGGACCACGACACUCGCCGCCAGGAGGAGCUGACCUACUACCAGUGGGUGCCCAUCAUCCUGGUCUUCAUGGCAUUCCUCUUCAAGGUCCCUUGUCUCGUCUGGAGAAUGCUGAGCGGCCACUCUGGACUCAACCUCGAGAAAAUCGUCACCAUGGCUGCUGGAACCCAAACUGCUGAGCCCAAAAAGAGAGACGAGACGGUGAAGCACAUCGCCGUCUACAUCGACCGCUGGCUGGAGACCCACCGUCAGUACAACUAUAACUUCAUGGUCCGUAUGAAGCAGAAGGCGUCCAAAGUCUGCUUGAUCAUGUGUAACAAGCGCGAGGGCACAUACCUGACCGGCCUGUACAUGUUCGUUAAGAUCCUAUACUGUGUCAACAUCAUCUGCCAGUUCUUCAUCCUCAACGCUUUCAUGGGACACGGAUUUUACUCCGCCUAUGGUCUUGAAGUUCUGGAUGGCCUGGCCAACAACUGGGAGAUCAAAGAGAGCUACCGAUUCCCGCGCGUCACACUCUGUGAUUUCGACAUCCGUCAGCUACAGAACCUGCAGCGAUGGACCGUGCAAUGCGUCCUUCCCAUCAACCUCUUCAACGAGAAAAUCUUCAUCUUCCUUUGGUUCUGGUUCGUGGUGGUUGCCGUGGUUACCCUCGGUAACUUCCUGUUCUGGAUCUGGCGCGUCAUCAUCAAACACAACCGCGUGGCGUACAUCAAGAAGUUCCUUAAGGUGCGCGACCAGCUGCUGGGAGAGGAUGACAAGAAGGUGUGCCGGCAGUUCGCUGACCAGUAUCUACGAGACGACGGCCUCUUCGUACUCAGAAUCGUAGCAAGGAAUACUAACGCCAUCUUGCUAACCGAUCUGGUUCUGAACUUGUGGGGUAUAUACAAAGAGAAACCCUUUGUGAAAAAAGCCUUAAGUGACGAUUACGGCGAAACGCACGCUUAAGACAGACUUGACUUGUUAAAUGAAGCUAAAGCUAUGUUCAAAUGUGAAGAGUGUAUGAACAUUCCAAGUUGUGAAAGUUGACACAAGUAUGUAGUUAUCCGCCAUCUGUGUUGGUUUUGACCAGGUGCUUCGUUUCGGUUGUCAACUUGCUUCUAAUGGUCAGUAUUGGACACUUCCGACCUGUCUGGCUCCCGCCAUGGUGCUAAUCGUAGGAUGUCAGGGAACAGAAGAGACCAAUCCUAGUCAUACCAUUUGGGCAUUGGCAUUUCCAACUAUGCAUUAGAUAAAUGAUCAUAUAUUUAUAAUUUUUCGAGUUUUUGGCCGCAUUUUUCUAAUUCUGAUGUCCAUCGAAUCUCAAACAUUCCUAAAAAUCAAGCGUCUUCCAGCCGGCAUCAACUACAGCAACCGAUCAUUCUAUUCCAUGACGUCACAAUAUACUACGUAUACAUUAUAAAGUUUGUUGUUAUUAUGGAGGCCCUUUUUUGAAAUGUUGUGAACAUCGUUGUUUAUAUUUUUUAACUUUGUUCAGCUUUUCAAAUUGUAAAUGGCCACCAAAUACAAAUAAUUGCAAGUGAUUUGUUAAUUUUUUUCUUUUCAAGAUUGAUAUUACCCACGAAAUCAAACACAAAUCAACGAAUUUCUAGUACAACUGUGAUACAAUUGACCUGCAUUCUCAUGAUAUUAAUUUUUCCAUAGAUAUGUCUAUUUUUAAUAAAUUUUCCAUAUACCACUCUAUUUGACAAUUGUACUCGUGAUCAUUUCGGAAUGGCCUAUUUUUGGGACCAAUGCUUUGUUGUUACAUGUCAUAAGGCCUUGAUUUUUGUUGAUCUCUUGUAUGUUUUUUUUUCAUUUCAACAUGUGUUCAUGAUUUUAUAAUCGCCGUGAUGUCAUUUUUUGCAACAAUGAUUAACCAGAGACAAUUACUCCUCGCUUUCUGUUGAUGUUCGCUAGCACGCCGCAUUCGUUGUGAAAAUGUGGGCAUUUAUUAGAUGUAAACUAUCUUGUUUUUAUUAAAAGGUUGUUUGAACUUGAUUGUUUUAGAAGUCGACGUGCCUUUAUAAUCAGGACUAUAUGCACAACGGGAAUGUACAGUAAUAGUUAAAAACAAUUUAAUGUUCUAAUACAAUUUAUAUUUUUAUGAUAUAUUUUAGUGAUUGCAUUCAUAUUUUAUGUCAAAUAAUUCAAAUCGCAAUAUCUAGUUACUAAGUUGUUUCAGAUUGUAUAGUUCAGAAGUAAAUAAAUAUAAAAGACACAUACAA